AUUUCAUUGAGCUAUAUAUAUAUACCUAUCUAUCUGAAGCCCAGGCAGGCAUUUCAGUCUACGUACACAAAGAGAGAAGUGCUUGCAGUUCAUUGAUCGAAGGGAAAACAGCCAAUAUUGGUGAGUAAUCUCAGAGUUUGGAAACUUCAGAAGAUGGAUAACGCUUCACAGCUGAAAGAAGAGGGAAAUAAGUAUUUCCAAGGCAAUGAUUAUGAUAAUGCUAUCAAAAGCUACACCAAAGCCCUCAAGGUCGCCAAAGAUAAAUCGCUUCAGGCGGUGUUGUUCCGAAACCGGGCAGCUUGUUUCCUGAAAAAGGAGAACUAUGCCCAGGCGGCGUCAGACGCAUCUAGAGCUAUCGACAUCAAUGCUUCUGAUAUUAAGGCCUUAUACCGACGUAGCCAAGCUCUGGAGAAACUGGGCAAGCUGGAUCAGGCCUUCAAAGAUAUCCAGAGGUGUGCCACUAUUGAGCCCCGGAAUAAAAACUUCCAAGAGACCCUCCGGCGUCUAGGAGCCUCUAUCCAGGAGAAGCUGCGUGUCCAGUUCUCUACCGACGCCAGGGUCCAGCAAAUGUUUGAGAUCCUGCUAGAUGAGAAGAGUGAGAAAGAGAAGCGAGAGAAGGCUGCAAACAAUCUCAUUGUCCUUGGCCGGGAGGAAGCGGGUGCAGAGAGGAUAUUCCAGAACAAUGGCCUGAACCUGCUACUGAGACUGAUAGACACAAAAAACCCAGAGCUAGUCCUUGCAGCGAUAAGGACCCUUUCAGGGAUGUGCAUAGACCAUAAGGCAAGGGCAACGGCCAUCCUUCACAUGCUGGGAAUUGACAAUAUCUGCCUGUGGAUGUCCACAAACCAUGAAGAGAUCUCGCUGGCUGUCUCCAACCUCCUGCAGGCCAUCAUUGACUCGUUAACCGGGGAAGGCAAGAAGGAAGAGCAUGGAAAAGAGGAUGCCUUGGUGCUGGACACAAAGAAGGACCUGAAGGCAGUCACAAUGCGCCUCCUGGACAUGCUCCCCAAUAAAAAGGUGUCUGGACAAGGCCGAGACCGUGCUCUCAAUUUGCUCAAUAAGAACAUACCGAGGAAGGACCUGAGAAUCCAUGACAACAGCAGAACCCUGUUUGUCAUUGACAAUGGUCUCAAGAAGAUCCUGAAAGUUGCUGGCCAGAUCCCUGACAUGCCAAACUGCCUCCCUUUGACUGAGAACACCCAGCUGACAGCUUCGGUGCUCCUGAACAAGCUGUAUGAUGAUUUGCGGUGUGACCCAGAGAGGGAUAACUUCAGGCUGCUCUGCGAAGAGUACAUCCAGAGCAAAAUUGACCCCCAGGACAUGGACAAGACUCUACAUGCCAUCCAGACAGUGUCUGGGGUCCUGCAGGGGCCUUUUGAUUUGGGGAACAAACUGCUGGGCAUGAAAGGGGUCAUGGAGAUGAUGGUGGCUCUCUGUGGCUCCGAGCGAGAGAUCGAUCAGCUGGUGGCCGUGGAAGCCCUGAUCCACGCUUCGACCAAGUUGAGCCGGGCCACCUUCAUCAUCACCAACGGGAUCAGCCUGCUGAAGGAAAUCUACAAGAAGACCCAGAAUGAGAAGAUCAAGAUCAGAGCUCUGGUGGGCCUUUGCAAGCUGGGCUCCGCCGGGGGCACAGACUACGGCCUGCGACAGUUUGCCGAAGGGUCAACAGAGAAGCUGGCCAGGCAGUGCCGGAAAUGGCUGUGCAACCCCGCCAUUGACACCCGCACAAGGAAGUGGGCUAUAGAAGGUCUUGCUUACUUGACCCUGGAUGCCGACGUGAAGGAUGACUUUGUGGAGGAUGAGCCAGCCAUGCAAGCCAUGUUUGAAUUAGCCAAGACAAGCGACAAAACCAUUUUGUACUCAGUGGCCACCGUCUUGGUGAACUGCACCAACAGCUACGAUGUCAAGGAAAUUAUCCCGGAACUCGUGCAAUUGGCCAAGUUUUCCAAGCAGCAUGUUCCUGAGGAACACCCAAAGGACAAGAAGGAUUUUGUCUCAAAGCGGGUCAAACGGUUGGUUGCUGCCGGAGUCACCUCCUCCCUGGUCUGCAUGGUGAAAGCAGAUAGCGCCAUUUUGACCGAUCAGACCAAAGAGCUCUUAGCCAGAGUUUUUCUUGCUUUGUGUGAAGAUGCCAAGGACCGUGGUACCAUCGUUGCUCAAGGGGGUGGAAAGGCCCUGAUCCCAUUGGCUUUGGAAGGCACAGAAGUUGGCAAAAUCAAAGCGUCACACGCCCUGGCCAAGAUCGCAGCCAUCUCCAAUCCAGACAUUGCGUUCCCUGGGGAGAGGGUGUAUGAAGUCGUGCGUCCUCUGGUCAGUUUGCUGAACACCGAGCGGGAUGGGCUACAGAACUACGAGGCUCUUCUGGGUCUCACCAACUUUUCAGGGAGGAGCGACAAGCUCAGACAAAAGAUCAUCAAAGAGAAAGCCCUGCCUGACAUUGAGAACUACAUGUUUGAAAACCACGAUCAGCUUCGGCAGGCGGCCACAGAGUGCAUGUGCAACCUCGUGGUGAACAAAGAGGUUCAAGAGAGAUUCAUAGCAGAUGGGAAUGACCGACUCAAAUUGCUCGUGUUGCUGUGUGGCGAGGACGACGACAAAGUCCAGAACGCUGCAGCAGGAGCCCUAGCGAUGCUCACGGCUGCCCACAAGAGACUCUGCCAUAAGCUGACCGAAGUGACAACCCAGUGGCUGGAGAUUCUGCAGAGGCUCUGCCUCCACGACAAGCUCAACGUACAGCACCGUGGGCUCGUGAUUGUUUACAACUUAAUCCACGCAGACCAAGAGCUGGCUAAGAAACUAGUGGAAAGUGAGAUGCUAGAAAUCCUGACCAUUGUUGGGAAGCAGGCUGAUGACCCCCAGAAGCAGCAUGUCCUAAAGGUGGCUCGGGAAUGCCUUGUGAAGUUCAUGGACUAUGGAAUGAUCAAACCUAUGUCUCCAUCAUAAGGGCAGAGGAAAUCUAAGAUCUAAAAAGAAUGAGGACUAGAGGAGUGGCAUGGAAGUGAUUCGACAUGUAAAGAACUUACAUUGGAAAACUGGAGCAUUAUUUCCAAAGCUCUGACACAAUGCAAAUGUUUUUGCCCACAGAAAUAGCCCUCAGAUUUGUUUCUUCAAGGGGAAUCACAAUUUGUUUCUGGCUAGCAAACCUCCUUUCCAAAGCAACUUCCUAUUAGAGUUUUGGAGCGUCAGAAAACAACCUGCAAUGUUUGAAAUAACAAAAAACAAAAAAAAACCACCACCCUUUUCUUUCAGAGGUUCCUGGUGUAGUUUUUAUAAUUAUAUUAUGCUCACUGUCUUUUGAAUGAUUUGACUUGUUGGAAACUCUAACAACUUUUAACAUAGACUCCUCGCUAGAGAAAUUCAUGUGAUGGUUUUUGUUAUAAUGUGGUGAUUCACUAAUAAAAUAGUUGGUGCAGAAAAA